UCGACACCGAAUUUACUCCUCUUUAGUUGAGUGCCUUGGGUGGUAGUGGGCAUUCUUGUACUUUCUUCUACACAACGACAUCUGGUCAAGUCAGGAAAGAACAAAGCAAGCCCAUCGUCAUUGCUGAACAUUCACAAUUGAAACCACCAACGUACACACAACUAUCACGAUGCCACCAACAGAAGCAACCCUUCUCUCGGCAUUUCUUCUCCCACCUGCUCCUCUCCCGGCAAUUAUAACCCUAAAAUCGUUCACCCAGCUCUUCCCCAAAUCACAACAAUCCUCCCCACAAGUCAAAGCCCUUUACCGAGAUCUCCAGAAUCAGCGGGCACGAAUCACAGAUGCCGUGGCCAAGAAUAUCAUUGCCGAAGUGAAGAGGGGAAAUAUGCAAAGACGGGCAGUUGUGAGGGCUAGGAGGGAAGCUGAGAAGGAGGAGCAGGAUGAUGAAGUGGCUGUUGAGACUGCUUUAUUCGGGCAGAGUGCUAAUCUACCGAUUUCAAACCCACAUACGCUGACCUCAAUAUUACCUGAAUUGGAGAGCGCAGUUGAGGAUGUGGAGGACGAGAUCAGGAGGCUGGAUGAAGAAGCGGGCACCUUGCUGGAAGAGAUGCGGAACACGGUUGGAGGACUUAGCGAUCUUCGGUAUGGGCGAUUAGCAAAUGGACAGCUUCGAGGACAAGUCCUGGAGGGUUUAGAAAGACUAGAGAAGUCUUGUGAGAAGAAAUGACGCAUGGGAAGGGUCAUGGGUGGGGGUUUUAGGCGUUUUGAUACCCAAUGGAAUUAUGAUUGAUCACUAUAUAAUUUUCUG